AUGUCUCUUUGUGGUCUUGUCACUCGGACGCUAAUUUCUAUUGUGGCAGUAGUCGUUCUCUAUUAUCAAUUGAAUUCAAUGAGAAAUGUUGUUCAUGUGAACGAUGUCUUUAAAAAUCCAACUUCGGAAAAUACACACAAUUAUCAAAUAUUUCCAAGAAAAUUAAUUAAAAGUAAUGACAUUAUGAUGGAUGUGGUUGUGUUGGAAAAGUCAACAACAACAACACGUGCAAAUACUUCAGACAGCAACACUAAAAAUCCACUCGUUCUGUUCUUACAUGGAUUUCCACAAACAGCUACAACCUCCUGGUACUUCCAACUCUUAUAUUUCAUGAACAAUGAUUAUAAAUUUGGAGGUCAAUCCUAUACAGUCAUGGCUCCUGAUCUUCGUGGAUAUAAUGGUACAGAGAAACCAGAUGUCAAUAAUUUGGCAAAUUACGAUAUUGGUGAAUUUGUUCAUGAUGUCAAAGGUCUCAUUGAUGGUUAUUAUGGAAACAAUGAAGCUCACAAUAGAAAAGCUGUCGUCGUAGCUCAUGAUUGGGGUGCAGUAAUUGCUUGGGCACUUGCUUCUACGUAUCCACAAGUGGUUGAAAAGUUAAUUAUUCUCAAUGUACCUCAUCCUAGUACUCUCACAAAAACGAUAACCACAUUGCCUGUGAAUAGAAUUUUUGCACAAUUGAGAAAGAGUUGGUACAUCUUCUUUAUGCAAUUAGGAUUCUCCAUUCCAGAAGAGUAUUUUUCAAGAGAAGGAUUUAAGAAAUUGUCAUUUGCUUUUGCUUCUCUGGCAAAACAAAAUAUUCUCUCGAUUGAGGAUUAUCAUUACAUUGUCAGUGCUUGGUCCCAACCAAACUGUUUACAAGGAAUGAUUGCAUAUUAUAGAGGUUUUCUUACAGGAAAGGUUUCAAAUUAUUUGAAAAUGAAAUUGUUUGGAAUGAAAGAUCAAAGAAGAUAUCCAAUGGUAGGCAAUACUAUGGAUGGUCCUCUCGAAAAUCAAACUGUGAAAGUACCAACAUUGAUCUUGUGGGGAAAGGAUGAUAUUGCACUUAUUGAAGAAACUGCUGAUUUAUCAUUCAAGUACUUUGUAGACGAGAGUGUCAAGUCCAAAUCAAAAUUACAAAAAUUCGAUGCAGGUCACUUUGUCAUGUUGGAGAUUCCAAACAAAAUUAAUGAGGAAAUUGAGAAAUUUAUUAGUAACCGUGAUUAA